UCUCAUCUGUUUGUCAAAUUUUUUAGAAGGUUUAACUAGUAGCCGGAAAAGAGAGAGAGAAGGGGGUUAGGGUUCAACACAUGUGAUGGGCAGCACCAGCACUAGUAGGAUGCUUUCCCCUGCUCGAACCGUUGUCCAAUUCCAGUCCAGUAGUUCAACCCAUGAUCCUGAUGAAGAGGUAUCCUUAAACCUUAUGGGAACAAUCUUUAAGGUCAAGAGCUCUGCAACCAUAAAAGAUCUCAAGGCAAUAAUAUGUAACAAGUACAAAAUUGGUGAUAAUUAUCCGGAGUUCCUCUUGGCUGGUCACCCGCUCAUGGACUUCCAAAGGGUAAUCGACUGUGGAUUUCUAGAGUGCUCUGUUGAUCUUGUUUUCAAGAAUAUUGUGAAAAUGAGAUUAUAUGUCAAACUACUAUCUAGUCAGGACACCAUUGAGAUUGAGGCAAAACCAGAAGAUACCAUCCAAAAAAUAAAAAUAAUGAUUCAUGCUAAGAAGAAGUUUCAACCGGACCUAUUCACACUUGUCUAUGAUGGGAAGCUCCUUGAGGAUGACAUGACACUGGCCUCAGAAGAUUUGAGGAAUGAAUCUAUCCUUUACAUGGUUUCUGCUCCUAAAGAUAUUAUUUCAAUAUCUGUGAAAGCACCUACAGGAGAGACUUUCAAAUUCAAGGUUAAACCCUUGUUUACUGUUAGAGAUGUCAAAACUAUAGUUGAGAGCUAUACUGGUUUCUCAGUCAGUGAUCACAAUCUGAUCUAUUCCGGAAAUGAGCUUGAGGAUCUGAAGACAUUGGCCUUUUAUGACAUCGAAGAUGAAUCAGUAUUAGAGGUCUCACCUCCCUAUUUUCAUAUAUUUGUUAAAGUUUGUGAUGGGAAACUUAUAAGUAUUGAUGUGAAGCCUAGUGAUAGUGUCAAAGAACUGAAGAGCAUGAUUUUUCGCAAGCUUAAUGUGUCAUUGAUGCCUCUUGAUUUUUAUAAGCUUGUGUUUCACUGGGAACAGCUUGAUGAAAUUCGGGAUCUGGCAAGCUACAACAUACGAAAGGGCAGCAAGCUUCGUUUGGUUCUCUCAUCAUCUGUUAUUGUAAGGGAUUAAGCAUGUUAGCAUUUUCUUCAUUGUGUUUUGAACUGUGGAAACCCUUAGCAAAGUUUGGAGGCCUUUGAUAUGUCAUGUUACAUCUGGUCAUCUGGACCUUUCUGUAAGACGAUUUUUGUUCCCAUUGGCUCCUCCUAGUUUCCAUCGAAUAUUUCCAUAAGAAGCAGUAUGGUACUCAUUGUUGAUGAAGUAAAACUAGAACCUUCAAGUACACUGGAAAUCGUAGUUAUGAGCCGAUCAGAAGAAGCAAAGCUUAGAGUACCAGAUCCUGGACACAAUCUCAACUUUGUAGUGCUUUUGGAAGACAUCUUCAGGUUCUGUAUAUACUGCAUAUCAUAUUCAGACAUUUGCUAGUCAGCUUGCUCAUGCCACUUUCAAUCAAUGUAAUGUACAAUU